UGAAGGUCUUGACCAGCGACACGACUCUUCCCCAGUGGACGUACCAUUGUUCAUCAUGGAAAAUCCUCUCAAGUUAUGCAUGGAGUCACGUUUUGUCGUCUGCAGGAUUGUUGCUCUCCUGCUGAUCAUAGCAGCGUGCACCAAUGCACAAUGCCCUUUUCCCUGUUCCUGUACUGGAGUGACAGUGGACUGCUGGAAGAAAGGUUUCACGUCUGCACCAACUAGCUACCCGCCGAACACAGAAAUUUUGGAUUUGUCUCUGAAUAGCAUCAGCAACUUGCAAGGCACUGAGUUUGAUGGUUUGAGGAAUAUGUUAUCUCUAAAACUUCAAGGCAACUCAAUUUCCAGCCUGCCUGUAGGCAUUUUCAAAGACCUAGCAAGAAUGGAAACUCUAGGAUUGCACAUUAACAGGUUGCCGUCCCUGGCAAACAAUCCGUUCGCUGGUUUGAGAAACCUGAAAACCUUGUAAGACUGACAUCAUGGAGCAGAUGAGUGCUUUAGAUGUCCUAAUUAAACAGUAU